GUGUCAUUGUCAAAAGUGGCGAAAGUUGCAACUAAAUUAUCAAUAGAUUUUCUGUGGGUUAUUAUUUUAUGUAGGUAAAUAAUAAUUUGGCGAGAAUGUCAUCAAACGAGCAAAAAGCCCAGGCGCUUAUCGCCGAAGCCGAAAAGAAAGUUUCAACGAAAGGAUUUUUCGGUUCUCUGUUUGGGGGCUCCAAUCGGCUAGAAGAUGCAGUCGACUGCUAUCAGAGAGGGGCCAAUCUAUUUAAAAUGGCCAAAAAUUGGGACUCUGCAGGAAGUGCUUUCUGCGAAGCAGCUAGCUUGCAUCUCAGGAGCGGCUCAAGGCAUGAUGCAGCCACUAAUUUCGUCGAUGCUGCUAAUUGUUACAAGAAGUCAGACAUUAACAAGGCGGUGACAAAUCUUCUAAAAGCAAUAGAAAUCUACACGGACAUGGGUAGGUUCACGAUGGCGGCCAAACACCACCAGACAAUCGCCGAGAUGUACGAAACCGACGCGGUGGACUUGGAGCGCGCUGUGCAGCACUACGAACAGGCGGCCGAUUACUUCCGAGGCGAGGAGAGCAACUCGUACGCGAACAAGUGCUUGCUGAAAGUGGCGCAGUACGCCGCGCAGCUGGAAAAUUACGAAAAAGCGAUACAAAUCUACCAGGACGUGGCCGCGUCGGCGCUGGAGAGCUCCCUGCUUAAGUACAGCGUGAAGGAGUACUAUUUCAGGGCGGCCCUGUGUCAUUUGUGCGUCGACGUGCUCAACGCCCAGCACGCGCUCGAGCGUUACAAUCAGACUUAUCCGGCGUUCCAGGACUCGAGGGAGUUCAAGUUGCUGAAAACGCUCAUCGAACACAUCGAGGAACAAAGCGUCGACGGGUUCACGGAUGCCGUCAAAGAUUACGAUUCCAUAUCGCGCUUAGAUCAAUGGUACACCACCAUCUUGUUACGUAUUAAAAAGCAACUCAAUGAAAGCCCAGACUUGCGCUGAAAGCUCUCUCCGCAUAGGUAUUUAUUCUCGCUAUUUUAUUAACCUUUGUUAACUCAUAUAUAUCGUUUUAUUUUUGUUACUUUUAUUGUUGAAAUUUUAUUUUAUUCUCGCGGUAAAGGGGAGACAAUGAGAUAAAAUUAUCUGUUUGGUUUAUCAGGCACUGAGAGUUCAAGUUCUUGACUCUUUGUCCCUGAUUUAAAUACAUUCCAUAUAUGAGUUAUGGGUCCUUAUAUAAUACGCAAUAGGGUAGAAUUAACAUGUUGGCUUUAUGUCAAUUGGAAUUUAAAAAUUACUAGACAUUUUUUGUUAAAAUAAUCACAGUCUCUCUUGUGUGAGGGUGGAGUGAAAAUUGUUUAUUACUAUAAUUUAGUAAGUAUUAAAACGCCGCUAUUCCAAUUACAUACUUAGUUCUAAUAACGCUUCGACUAUUAUUUGUGAUGCCUUUUGUAAAUAAUAAAUUUGAUCUGAAUUGAUUUAAUUUGUUUUUAUUUAGUCAAGCCUAUUGAAAUUUGCCUUAGAUGAAUAAAGCUGAGGUUGACAAUAAUUAUUUGUGUUUUAUGAUUUUUUUUAGGUAUUAAGUAAUAAAAAGAUACAAUGUGAGAUAUAACUGCCCUAUAUCCGUUUUAAAAUGUGUAAUUUUUUGUUAAAAUUGACCAUACAGAGUGAUUUCAUUUGCAUUGGCGUAACUGUAUUAGAAAUAUAUUGUUAGAAUUGUUUUAAAUACAAAACUAUUUAGCGUGUCGGUCGAAUGUUUACUGUCCAAACUAUCGUUUUUAUAUUAUAAAUGUUAUAGCACGGUUAAUAUUAAUCAAAGUCACUGUAGUAUUGUAGAUCGCCUAUACUUUAUUAAUAAAAAAACAUUAAAAUGUCGUUGGUUAAAGUAUACUUAAGUAAUAAACAAGUACAAUUAUUAGGAUUCAUAAGUAUUGGAUUAUUCCAUCUUCGGUUUUUAUUAUUGUUCAUAAACUUAUCUUAUAACUCAUGUUAUGUAUAUAUCAUAAGUGGCAUAAUAAACGAAA